UGGAGGAGGACAGUCUGUGUGAACUCGGGAGGGGAAGCGCCGCGCUGUUAAAACUCUCAGGAUUUACACUCUGCCAUUUUGAGGAAAACUGGUCGACAUCAGCGUCCAUCAAACGUACAAGUCAUGACCUGAUUUGCUGAAUAAAAACGCUGCGAAACUAGGACAAAACCCUUGGAAGUGGGGGACAAUUAACAAAGGAGGAACUGUUGAUUCGAGCUGCUCACCGGUCAGCCAUGUGUUCUACGAAUCACUCAAACUGGGUCACAUUUGAAGAUGACAACACACCACUCUCGUCACCUCAGAAGCCCCAGCAGUCACCAGGGCUUAUCAAAUCAUCGGUACCACGUCCCAAUGGACUGAAAUUAGUGCUUCCUCCGAUCAGAGACACUUCCUGGAGCUUCAACAGUUCCCUGGAAUCCCCUCAAAGCCAAACAAGUCUCAGUGGCAGUUCCUGUGUACCAUGUAACACACCCUUUUGCACUCCUGUAAGUGGGGUUCCUAGCAGCGCAUCCCCAUUUCACUCUGGCACGUUGGAAAAGAACAACUUUUUCCGCAGUUUGUCGAGCACAUCCACCACCUCUGUUCCCUCGCCUGCACCAGAGGCCCCGAGUCAAACCUCAGAUGGACCAAGCCCUUUCCCUUCUUUCCAGGGCCGCUCAGGACACUUUAACCCCUUUUGGGAUGACUCUAGACACAGCGCAGAUGUGGGCAGCUCCUCCUCAGACUCAGAAUCUGAAAACGCCCUACCACGUUUCUUUAUUCGGACCAAAGACGGCAGUGAGCCUCCACGCGAUCACUUCCAGAACUCCUUCUCUUAUGUUUGCGACAAACUGGAAGGACUACAAACAGAGACGGACCACGAAGCAGGUACUGAAGGAGAAGGGGAGAGGCGGCUAAGUUGCAAAAACGAGGUACUAAGUGAGGGCUCAUCUCAGUUUGUUCCUCGGGGGUUGUUUCGCAGCCAGAAGACAGACGGCUGGGCAGUGAUGCUCAGAAUUCCAGAAAAAAAGAACCGCAUGUCCUCCAGACAGUGGGGUCCCAUCCAUCUCCGCUUGUUGGCAGGAGGCGUGCUGCAGAUGUACUAUGAGAAAGGGCUGGAAAAACCUUUCAAAGAGUUCCAGCUUCUCCCUCAAUGUAGGCUCUCAGACCUCAAACUGGAAAGCCAUGGCGAGCCCCGCAAAGUCCUCACACUAAAAGUAGAACAUUACUCAUACACAGAAAAGAAACGUUACCACCCGAAGCUGGAGGUUAAUCAUGAGGCGGAGGUGGACCAGCUGCUCAAGUUUGGCUCCACGGUACACGAAGAUAUGGAGGACCUGGUCGUCUCCAUGGAGGAGGAAAUCUUCAAACUGUCCGUGCCCCACCAACAGAGGCGGCACUAUGAGGAGCAGGAGCUGGCGUUGCAGAUCACAGAUCAUAUAUGGAUACAACUGGAUAAGUGUGGAGGAGUGAUGGAGCGGACAGCCUCCACACAGAUUCACUGUCUCGCAUUUCUGAACGGAUUAGGGGAUUGUUUUCUCGCACUGAAUGACCUCGGGCUGCUACGCUCCAACUCCAGCUACGGCUCCGAGGAGGGCAGUGAACUCUGGAUGGAGAUCACAGACUGCCAUUUUCACAAAUGUGUGAACGAGACGGAGUUUCAGAGGUCCCGACUGAUUAAGUUCUCCCCUCCUGAUGCGUGUAGGGUGGAGCUGAUGCGCUACAAGACGAUGCUUUUGGGUUGCACAGAAAUUCCCUUCUCAAUCAAAGCCGUGGUCACAGUUCAAGGCGCCUACGUGGAGCUCCAGGCCUUUAUCAACAUGUCGGGGAGCUUCUCCUCCACGGGGGUGUCUGACUCGUACCCACUGUGUGAGAAUGUGGUGAUACGUGUGCCGGUGCCGGGCGAUUGGGUCAAAGUGACACAAACGGUAGCCUUACUGCGACAGAGGUCACUAAAGGCCCGCAUGAACAGAAAUGCUUGCUUGGGCUCCAUCAGUGCUGCAGAUUCACAGCCUGUCAUGCAGGUUUCUAUCGGCACAGUCAAGUAUGAGAAUGUAUAUUCGGCCGUCGUCUGGAGGAUCGACAGACUGCCUGCAAAGAAUACAGCUGUGGAUCAUCCUCAUUCAUUUUCCUGCAAGCUAGAGCUGGGAUCUGAUCAGGAGAUCCCAAAUGACUGGUACCCUUUUGUCACGAUGGAAUGUGAAAUAAUGGGCGCAGUUGUGUCGCAGACCAGAGUCAAGUCACUGGGCACUGUGAAUGACAUCCAGCCACAGAAACAUGUGACCAGUUGGACGCGGUAUCAUUGUCAGGUGGAAGUGGAGAAGAAAUGGAUUGAAACGGAGUCACAGAGGCAAUCUGGGUGUAUGACACAGUGAUGAUUAAAGAAGACAACUAAAAACCAACAAACCAACAAAAAAACAAGGGUGAUGAGGGACUUUCUGCUUAUCUCUGGUGGCAAAUUCAUCUAAUUACAUGUAGCCUGUUAGUAUUUCCAAUGGAGGUUUUGUAUCCUUAACUGAGACUGAAUAAUUCUAGACUUAAUAAACAAUUUAACACGAUCCUUUUGCCUAGCACUUUACAUUUAAUAGUUUAAAUUGUAAAAUUUCAGUUUUUAUGAGUACUGUAUAUAAGCUUACAUUUGCAUCAUCUGCACUGCCCUCCAGAAUGAUUGGCAGCCUGAGUAAAUGUAUGGCAAAUGGGCUUUAUGAGAUAAACAACCUGAGUAAUGAGCAGUAAUGUUCCAGAAAAGCACAUUUUUGAGUUAUGUUUGCAGUAAGGCCCUUUUGAUGCACACUUAAAACGAGUUGCGGUUCAUGUAAAUAUUUAAUUCCACAUACUGGGCCUCAAGAUUUCUAAUGGCUCUACAUUUCUUGUAAAUUCUGUGUAAGUGCCAAGAUAAUGUUUUAGUGUUGUGCUGAAAGCAUCUCAAUAUUCUGCAGUCUAUAGAGAAUUGGCAAACAACACUGAUAAUGUGGUUUGUGAAAGAAUCACGAGACAAAACAGCUGACCAUUAAAUGUUUUGCCAAAAGUGCAUUGGUUCAAAAAGCAGCUGCAAGCAGUCUUACUUUUGCCAAACACAAAGUGCAUUUACAAACAAACUUUGAAGCUAACCAGCAUAUGCAACAUAUGGCGCUAAUAUAAUUUAUUAUGAAAGCUGCAUUUUAAAUGAGAUAUGAUCUAUUUUUCUGUGCAUGAAAUGCAACUCAUUACUUUUGCUGCUUACCUUGAGCUGACCUUUGACUUCAUACCAAGGUUGUAUUCUGGAGGACUGUAAUUUUAUUUAAGCAAAUCAAAUGUUUAUUAUUUGAUCUUUUUUGCCUAUGGUUUGUGAAUGAGUUGGAUUUAAAGAAUGGUAAAGCUUCAUGGUGAAAAAAUAAUGUCUUCAAUGAUUUAUGCGGUACCUGGCUUAAGCUGGAUAUUAUGUAUGUCAAGAGUAAAAGCUGAAUUAAACCUGAA